UCACACCUCGCAACAAUCCCCAUGUCACACACGAUUGCAUAGACUGGCUGUCUGUUUGGUAGUAUAUCCAGCUCAAGUUGUUGCUUUCAUAUUUAUGGCCUUAUCUACUUUUAAAAUGAGGGGGGAAAUUUUUACUGCCUUUGCGUUGGUGAUGUGUUUGUUUUGUUUGGGACAAACGCUUGAGUGCUUUCGGUGUGAGCUUGGAUUCUGGGAUGUGUGUUACACUACCAAGACAAACUGCAGUGAUAAUGAAUUGUGUUCUGUGGGAAUUGGUAAAGCAGCUUCUGUCCUGAAUAUAAAGGUGAUGGGUUGUCUUCCCAUGGAGGAGUGCAACAAGACAACAGUUGUAGAGUUCCUUGCCAAUAAGACCUUAUACACCUUGAAGACCACCUGUUGUGAGGAAGACUUUUGCAACGCUGGCCCUUCCAUUCAGUUGUCCCUUGUUCCUCUUUUGCUUCCCAUACUUCUCAUUGCUGAGAUGAUGGGUGUGUUUUGAUGAUUUCUAGAUUCUAAUUGUUAUAUAAGGGAUUGAAGGCUCUUCAUAUGUACACUGUUCACGUCCUAUUCCUGUUUUACUGUUGUUGAAUGAUCUAAAGCAGCUGCCUUUUAUAUAGCAGAGCACAUUUUGGAUGCUCUUUUCUAGCCAGUUGAUUUUGUUCAUCCAAAUGAGUAAAGAUGAUUGAUGACGUUCUAAUAGUUUCUUAACACAAACAUGUUUUACUGUUCAAUAAAUGCAAAUGUCAAACAUC